CAUCAUGAUCCUCUUGUUCUAUGAUUUUCUUUUAUUCUCAUAAACAGAAAGGUGAAUUCAUUAGUUACCAGGGUUUAGAUGGCUGGAUGUUGGCAAAUAUCAGUGUUGGUAUGUCACCUGCAACAUCCUUGUACACAGUCAUGGAACAGUUUCUGUUGAUGGGACUUCUGCGUGUUAUAGGCCUGUUCUAUCUAGCAAGUUUUGACAGCAUAGUGCUCAAAUGUAAGAAAGAAAGAGAGGAAGACAAACAGAAGAAAUCCUAGUGUACACACUCAGUCUCUAUUGAAUGUUUUAACUCA